AUGCCACAAUUUGCGAAACUUUCAGACGACGAUAUAAAUCUAUGGGAUGCUGUAGCCAUUGUUGGGGAGAGGAAGAAGCACUUCAGAGUAAAAUGGGCUGGGAUGGAUCCUGUCACUGGGGAGCCAUGGGAGGAUAGUUGGGUACAGAAGCAUAAUGUGACGCCCGAUUUGGUGGAGACAUGGAGAGCCGGUCAUACAAUCAGAACGCCAACGGGUAGCGAUAUGGCUUUUGUUUCCAUAUUCACAUUGACCUGA